GUGAUAUGUUGUUUCAGAAGUUUCUACAAUUCGUAAAAGCGUUUCAGUGAUAUUAAUCAUUGUCAGUAUGUCGUACACUCCGAGGACCAAAAUUUUUGUUGGCCGAUUACCGGAGGUUUGCAAUGCUGAAGAGCUUCGCGCAUUGUUCGAGAAAUAUGGAACUGUGACUGAGUGUGACGUGUUGAACCGUUUUGGGUUUGUUCACAUGUCCACCGCUGAGGAGGCCGAAGAAGCAAUUAAGUGUCUGAAUCAAAUUAAUUUCAAAGGAUCUCGGAUUACCGUGGAACACUCGACUGGGAAACGCGGAUGGCGUAGUCUAGGUGUAGCUAGGGGAAGUGUAUCUCUGCGCUCGCCGAUGAUCGUUCGUUCGCCCGAAUUACUCGACGGUAGAUUUUCGAGUGUUUCUGCCUGCAGGGCCCCGGUUCGUUCUUGGCCUUUUUACGAAAGGCGACUUGACUCGUCGAUGCAAUCCAGUGCGACCGCCGCGUAUUACAAUGAUUCAUAUUUCAGGUAG